AUGGAGUGUGUCGAUCUGCAACAGAUAUGUGAUGGGUACAAUAACUGUGGUGACUGGUCCGACGCAGGAGUUCAUUGCAAAGUAGCAGAGUGUUCCCCGAGAUGUAACAGUACGGACGGGGUUUGCAUAUCAAGACCCAUAGGAUCUGAGUGCGUGAUAGAAUGCCCUCCUGGAAUCUUUAAGACUUCAAAAGGAUACAGCUUUAAACCAGGAGUUCCAUUAACAUUCUUGGUGCUGUUUCAUGAAGAUACGCCACGUCGUGAGAUAAGAUAUACAGUCAAAUUGAAAUUCCUGAAAUUUAAAACGAUAAAGAUGAUCUCUAAAACUUUUGAAAUGGUUGUAGAAUGUAAAAAAAACAGCUUUAGUCUAUUAUCUGCGGUUAUUAAGAAAUCAGAUCAGACUGUUAAUAUUAGAAAAGUUGAUCGUCACCGUGCAGCUACCAAUAAAAAAAAAGAAAUCAAAGGAAAUUGGGACGCAGAUUUUUAUACAGUAGACUCAUAUAGUACCGAGACCGAAGAAAACGAAGAAGAAGAAGAAAAUACGCCAACUACAAAAUUAACCACCACAACUACGCCAUCGACUAUAACAACCAUAACUACACCCUCGACUAGAACAAUAGCAAUAAUGUCUUCAACCAUAAAUGCCACCAAAUCCACACCCAAGUCUACUAAAAUCACUACUACCCUAACGAAUACAACCAUUGCUAAACAAAACAUUUUCACGCCUACCAUCACUACAACUACUACUACAACCCCUCCGACUAUCACAAUCACAACUGACCCAACAUUUACCAUAACUACUCCUACGAGUACCACAACCAAAACAACAAUCAAGACUACAACCACCACAGAUAUCCCAAUGAUUACCUCUACGACAAUCACAACUAUCCCUACGACUAGUACAACCACAACUACCCCCACGAAUACCACUACCACACCCACACCAACUUCUACUACUACCGGAACCACACCCACGAAUACCACUAUCACAACUACAGCCAAAUCUACUUCCACACUUUCACCUACUCCUAUGAUCACCACAACCACAACUCCUUCGACUACCACGAUUAUCUCUACGACUUCUACUAACACAACCACAAAUGCUCUCUCGACUACCAUAGCUACUACGAACACUACAAGCACAACUACUCCGACUAUAAAUACUUCUUCGACUACCACCAUAACCACAGUUAGUCCUACAACUACCAAAAUGAGAAUUAGGCGCUCGACUACCUCAACUAAUACUACAAACACAACUAUCCGUACGUCUUUCAUAACCAGUACCAUCCUCUCGACUAACACAAUCACAACUACCUCUACGAAUACCAUAACCACAACUAUACCUACGACUAGUACAACCACAACUACCCCCACGACUACCACUACCACACCCUCACCAACUUCUACUACUACCGGAACCACACCCACGAAUACCGCUAUCACAACUACAGCCGAAUUGACUUCCACACUUACACCUACCCCUAUGAUCACCACAACCACAACUCCUUCGACUACCACAAUUAUCUCUACUACUACUACUAACACAACCACAAAUGCUCUCUCGACUACCAUAGCUACUACGAAUACUACAAGCACAACUACUCCGACUAUAAAUACUUCUUCGACUACCACCAUAACCAAAGUUAGUCCUACGACUACCAAAAUGAGAAUUACGCGCUCGACUACCUCAACUACGCCUACAACUACUACAAACACAACUAUCCGUACGUCUUUCAUAACCAGUACCAUCCUCUCGACUAACACAAUCACAACUAAAACUAGGAAUACCACAACCACAACUAUCCCCACGACUACUACUACCACACCAAUACCAACUUCUUCUACCACCGUAACCAUAGCCACGAAUACCACUAUCACAACUACUGUGAAAUCUACUUCCACACUUACACCUACCCCUAUGAUCACCACAACCACAACUAUUCCCACGACUACUACUACCACACCCACACCAACUUCUACUACUACCGCAAGCAUAGCCACAAAUACCACUAUCACAACUACAGCCAAAUCGACUUCCACGCUUACACCUACCCCUAUGAUCACCACAACCACAACUAUCCCCACGACUACUACUACCACACCCACAUCGACUUCUACUACUACUGCAACCAUAGCCACAAAUACCACUAUCACAACUACAGCCAAAUCGACUUCCACGCUUACACCUACCGCUGUGAUCACCACAACCACAACUAUCCCUACGAUUACUACUACCACACCCACACCAACUUCUACUACUACCGCAACCAUACCCACAAAUACCACUAUCACAACUACAGCCAAAUCGACUUCCACGCUUACACCUACCCCUAUGAUCAUCACAACCACAACUAUCACCACGACUACUACUACCACACCCACACCGACUUCUACUACUACUGCAACCAUAGCCACAGAUACCACUAUCACAACUACAGCCAAAUCGACUUCCACGCUUACACCUACCCCUAUGAUCACCACAACCACAACUAUCUCCACGACUACUACUACCACACCUACACCAACUUCUACUACUACCGCAACCAUAGCCACAGAUACCACUAUCACAACUACAGCCAAAUCGACUUCCACGCUUACACCUACCCCUAUGAUCACCACAACCACAACUAUCCCCACGACUACUACUACCACACCUACACCAACUUCUACUACUACCGCAACCAUAGCCACAGAUACCACUAUCACAACUACGGGCAAAUCGACUUCCACGCUUACACCUACCCCUAUGAUCACCACAACCACAACUAUCCCCACGACAACUACUACCACACCCACACCGACUUCUACUACUGCUGCAACCAUAGCCACAAAUACCACUAUCACGACUAUAGCCAAAUCGACUUCCACGUUUACACCUACCCCUAUGAUCACCACAACCACAACUAUCCCCACGACUAAUACUACCACACCUACACCAACUUCUACUACUACCGCAACCAUAGCCACAGAUACCACUAUCACAACUACAGCCAAAUCGACUUCCACGCUUACACCUACCCCUAUGAUCACCACAACCACAACUAUCCCCACGACUAAUACUACCACACCUACACCAACUUCUACUACUACCGCAACCAUAGCCACAGAUACCACUAUCACAACUACAGCCAAAUCGACUUCCACGCUUACACCUACCCCUAUGAUCAUCACAACCACAACUAUCACCACGACUACUACUACCACACCCACACCGACUUCUACUACUACUGCAACCAUAGCCACAGAUACCACUAUCACAACUACAGCCAAAUCGACUUCCACGCUUACACCUACCCCUAUGAUCACCACAACCACAACUAUCUCCACGACUACUACUACCACACCUACACCAACUUCUACUACUACCGCAACCAUAGCCACAGAUACCACUAUCACAACUACAGCCAAAUCGACUUCCACGCUUACACCUACCCCUAUGAUCACCACAACCACAACUAUCCCCACGACUACUACUACCACACCUACACCAACUUCUACUACUACCGCAACCAUAGCCACAGAUACCACUAUCACAACUACGGGCAAAUCGACUUCCACGCUUACACCUACCCCUAUGAUCACCACAACCACAACUAUCCCCACGACUAAUACUACCACACCUACACCAACUUCUACUACUACCGCAACCAUAGCCACAGAUACCACUAUCACAACUACAGCCAAAUCGACUUCCACGCUUACACCUACCCCUAUGAUCACCACAACCACAACUAUCCCCACGACUACUACUACCACACCCACACCGACUUCUACUACUGCUGCAACCAUAGCCACAAAUACCACUAUCACAACUACAGCCAAAUCGACUUCCACGCUUACACCUACCCCUAUGAUCACCACAACCACAACUAUCCCCACGACUACUACUACCACACCUACACCAACUUCUACUACUACCGCAACCAUAGCCACAGAUACCACUAUCACAACUACAGCCAAAUCGACUUCCACGCUUACACCUACCCCUAUGAUCACCACAACCACAACUAUCCCCACGACUACUACUACCACACCCACACCGACUUCUACUACUGCUGCAACCAUAGCCACAAAUACCACUAUCACAACUACAGCCAAAUCGACUUCCACGCUUACACCUACCCCUAUGAUCACCACAACCACAACUAUCCCCACGACUACUACUACCACACCUACACCAACUUCUACUACUACCGCAACCAUAGCCACAGAUACCACUAUCACAACUACAGCCAAAUCGACUUCCACGCUUACACCUACCCCUAUGAUCAGCACAACCACAACUAUCUCCACGACUACUACUACCACAACUUCACCAACUUCUACUACUACCGCAACCAUAGCCACAGAUACCACUAUCACAACUACAGCCAAAUCGACUUCCACGCUUACACCAACCCCUAUGAUCACCACAACCAAAACUAUCUCCACGACUACUACUACCACACCUACACCAACUUCUACUACUACUCGCAACCAUAGCCACAGAUACCACUAUCACAACUACAGCCAAAUCGACUUCCACGCUUACACCUACCCCUAUGAUCACCACAACCACAACUAUCUCCACGACUACUACUACCACACCUACACCAACUUCUACUACUACCGCAACCAUAGCCACAGAUACCACUAUCACAACUACAGCCAAAUCGACUUCCACGCUUACACCUACCCCUAUGAUCACCACAACCACAACUCCUUCGACUACCACAAUUAUUUCUACGACUACUACUAACACAACCACAAAUUCUCUCUCGACUACCAUAGCUACUACGAACACUACAAGCACAACUACUCCGACUAUAAAUACUUCUUCGACUACCACCAUAACCACAGUUAGUCCUACAACUGCUAAAAUGAGAAUUACGCGCUCGACUACCUCAACUACGCCUACAACUACUACGAACAGAACUAUCCGUACGUCUUUCAUAACCAGUACCAUCCUCUCGAUUAACACAAUCACAACUACCACUACGAAUACCAUAACCACAACUAUACCUACGACUAGUAUAACCACAACUACCAGAACUACAACCAUCCCCUCGACAUCUAUCUCCAAGAUUACUGCAACCACAACUACUCCUACGACAUAUAGAAGUUCUGACCAAGAUCACGGCAAAAC